GCCUAGUUAGAACCACAGUUUCUGGACCGCCUUGCUUUGCUAAGCACAGAUUCUCCCCUUGGGAAGUUUUCCUGCUUUUGCAAAAUGAUGAGCAUUUCUUUGAUCUGGGGGAUUGCUGUGGUAGUGAGCUGUUGCAUAUGGUUUAUCAUUGGAAUAAGGAGAAGGAAAGUAGGUGAACCUCCUUUGGAGAACGGGUUGAUUCCAUACCUGGGCUGUGCUCUGAAAUUCGGAUCCAAUCCUCUUGAAUUCCUAAGAGCAAAGCAAAGGAAACAUGGCCAUGUUUUUACCUGCAAACUGAUGGGAAAAUAUGUCCACUUCAUCACAAACUCCCUGUCAUACCACAAAGUCUUAUGUCACGGAAAAUAUUUUGACUGGAAAAAAUUUCAUUACACUACUUCUGCAAAGGCAUUUGGACACAGAAGCAUAGACCCAAGUGAUGGAAAUACCACGGAAAACAUAAAGAAGACUUUUAACAAAACCCUCCAGGGAGAUGCUCUGUGUUCACUCUCUGAAGCCAUGAUGAAAAACCUCCAAUCUGUCAUGAGACCUCCGGGCCUUCCUAAAUCAAAGAGCGCUGUCUGGGUCACGGAAGGGAUGUAUGCCUUCUGCUACCGAGUGAUGUUUGAAGCCGGAUAUCUAACGCUGUUUGGCAAAGAUAUUUCAAAGGCAGAUACACAAAGAGCAUUUAUUCAAAAUAACCUUGACAGCUUCAAACAAUUUGACCAAAUAUUUCCGGCACUAGUGGCAGGCGUCCCUAUUCACUUGUUCAAGACCGCACUUAAAGCCCGGGAAAGGCUGGCUGAGAGCUUGAAGCACAAGAACCUGUACACGAGGGACCAGGUCUCUGAACUGAUCCGUCUACGCAUGUUUCUCAACGAUACGCUCUCCACCUUUGAUGACAUGGAGAAGGCUAAGACGCACCUCGCGAUCCUCUGGGCAUCUCAAGCAAACACCAUUCCUGCAACCUUCUGGAGCUUAUUUCAAAUGAUCAGGAGCCCUGAAGCAAUGAAAGCCGCCUCUGAAGAAGUGAAUGGAGCAUUACAGAGUGCUGGCCAAGAGCUCAGCUCUGGAGGGAAUGCCAUUUACUUGGAUCAAGAGCAACUAAACGACCUGCCAGUGCUAGAUAGCAUCAUCAAGGAGGCUCUGAGGCUCUCCAGUGCAUCCUUGAAUAUCCGGACAGCUAAGGAGGACUUCACUCUACACCUUGAGGAUGGUUCCUAUAACAUUCGAAAAGAUGACAUCAUAGCUCUUUACCCACAGUUAAUGCACUUGGAUCCUGAAAUCUACCCAGACCCUUUGACUUUUAAAUACGACCGAUACCUUGAUGAAAGUGGGAAAGCAAAGACCACCUUCUAUAGAAAUGGAAACAAGCUGAAGUAUUUCUACAUGCCCUUUGGAUCAGGAGCUACAAUAUGUCCUGGAAGACUAUUUGCUGUCCAAGAAAUCAAGCAAUUUUUGAUUCUGAUGCUGUCUUACUUUGAACUGGAACUUGUAGAGAGCCACAUCAAGUGUCCCCCUCUAGAUCAGUCCCGGGCAGGCUUGGGAAUUUUGCCACCACUAAAUGAUAUUGAGUUUAAAUAUAAACUGAAACACUGAUAUGUGGUUGGAAGAAGAGGACACUGGAUGAUGUAAGGACUGCUGAGCGUUAUCAGUAAACAGGCCUUGGGACUAGUGCUCACUGAAGCCUCCUAGUAGCUGUAUUAGUGAGACGAACUCCGUUCUCACUGCUCUCGUUCCUGGGGAUUCAUGUAGCUGGGGCCUGAGUUUCAUCACUUUCAGAGCAAUGUCUUUUGUUUUUAUUUUCAAAAUGAAGAUAUUCCAAUUGGCAGGGUUCUUUCCUAAGGAAAUUGCUUUAUAUUUUUAUGAAAACUACCAAUUAAUUAUGGAAGUGCUUCAAAUUCACGUUUUAGUGAAAUUAUUAAUUUUUCACUAGUAAGGUUCUUCAUGUGUGAGUAUAUUAUAAAAAUGUCUUAACUGAUCAUAUCAUGCUUUGCAUAAAGGUAAAGGAAAUUAUUGUUCAACUUUUUUUAUGGUGGUGAGAGCUUGAAAAUGAUCUUACUAUUCUAGAAACACUAGGGAAGUUUCGACAUGUUCUCCCUAUAUUUUAAUAUAUUGUUGCUGGAGAUUUUUAUUCCAGUUUUGAACUACUUUAUCUUUCCUUCUUUUUGACACACAUACCAAUAAGAAGAGCAUUUUUCAGAAAUUAAAAAGGCACCUCCAAGAACCACAACAUGAGUCUUUUAAGCCUUUAAUUCCAGCCCCCGUGAGGCAGAGCCAGGCAGAUCUCUAUGAGUCUGAGGUUAUUCUGAUCUACAUCAGCUCUAGACAAGCCAGGACUACAGAAAGGACCUUGUCUUAAAAAAAAAAAAACAGUCAAUUUCUAUGUCAUAUUUGAUCAUGAAUCAACAUAAAAGAUAAAUUUAAAAUCAGGACUCAGAGAAAUGAUCAGUUAAAAAACUUAGCUAUGAAGUAUGUGGAGUUCAUUAAGUACAAGUUGACAUUAUAUGUUCUUUUUUUUAUGGUUUGUUGUAGAAAGGCACGGAGAAAGAGAGAAGGUAGAAAGAGAGAGAGACCGGCCAUGGCCACGUGGAGAGAAGAGGGAAGGGAGAGAAGGAGGACUAGAGAGUCAGAAAGGUGAGGGCUUAAAGAGCUAUAUGUUCCUUAAAAAUGUUUUGUUUUUAUCUUUAAAUGCCUUAAAGAUGAAGAACAAUAAUGAAAAGCUGAGUAAUAGUGUUUAAAUAAUGAGUGCAAUAGUGCUUUAGUAAUAUACUUUAAAGAGAGUUAUUAGCUAUGUCAUUUUUACUGAAAAUAUAUUUAUAUAUAAAUUAUAUUUAUCUUUUUCUUAUACUAUAUAUAUAAAAAUAUUGUAACAUUUAGUAAUUUUAAAAUUACACAUCUUUCAGAAAUUAACAUAUGAAUGUUCGUGUUUUAAACUUUGAACAGAACAUUUAAAUUAUUCAUCUACAGGUAGGCUACAAUAAUUUUUCUCAUAUUUAUUUAAAAUAUUCAUAUUUUCAAGAAAUCCAAAAAUAUCCAAAGUAAUCACUCACUCAAAUAUAUCCCUAAGAUUACAGUAAAUUCAAUAACAUGCUUUUGUCUGUGAGGGCUGGAGCAGGGUCCAGUGGAUGCUGCGCAGGUCCUCCAACAGAGAGCUGUAUCCACAGACUCCUCAAAAUCUUAAAACCUUACCACUGAAUACUAGCACAGAGUUAUUACCUAGGUAGGCUAUGCUUCUUUCCUUUUUCAUUUUGACAGAGGCCCAAAGCAGCCCAGGCUGGAACGUCCUGCGUAGCUUAAGCAAGCUUGGAACUCACUGUGCUUCCUGCUUUGCCUUGUUAUAGGAAGUAAUUUUCAAGACCAAGAAAAUUUAGUUGUUUAGAUGAGCUAUAAGAAAGACACACUUAUGUUGUAUACUAAUCUGUACUAAGCUAAAUUUGUUUUUAAAACAAGUUUUAUGACUCCCUGAGAUGAAUGUAUCCACAUCCCUUCCCAUGGCUUUUUAAAAGCAUAUUUUUCAUACAGAAUGAUGGGUCUCCUGGUGGUGCCUUCUUCUCAUAUUUUUAUUCUUGUGCAGUGAUGGUUAGCAAACAAUAGCCCGUCAACCAAAGUUACUCUUCCCGUUUCUGUGCAGCCUAAGUGUUAAAAGUAAUUUUUACAUUUUAAAUGCUUAGGGGGAAAAAACCACAUGUCUAUUUUGUGUCAUAUAUGAAGUAUAUGAAAUAAAGACUAGCAAACCCGUGAGUAAAACUUUUAUUGGGA